UCCCCCAGCCCUCCAGCCCGCCUUCCUUGACCUUCUAGCCCACCAGUGUCUAAACUCGAUGGUUUUCGGCGCUGCGCCGGCUGCUCUAGCCGCCUUAGCUUUCACUCUUUGGUUUUCGGCCCUGUUCUGGAGGCUCUGAGCGAUUUGAUUCCUGGAGACGAGCUGGGCACGUGGAGAGGCUGGUGGACCGCGCGACCUCGCUCUCGCCAGCCCCAUGUUCGAGGAGCCGGAGUGGGCCGAGGAGGCCCCAGUAGUCGCGGACCUCGGGUCUGUAGCCUUACGGCCUCGGACCACGGCCGACUCGCAAAUCAAGGGCUCCAAGCGCCGCCAGCUCUUGGCCACAUUACAGGCCCUGGAGGCAGCAUCUCUUCCCCAGCAGCCCCCCAGUCUGCCUGGCAGUGACGAGGAGGACGAGGAGGAGGUGGUGGAAAGAAAGAAGAAACGCCCAAAAAAGGUCUUGUUUGCCAGCGCUUCUCCUGAAGUAGAGAAGAAAAGGAAGAAGAAACGUCAAAAACAGGGCCCACCUAGCAGUGACUCCAAGGAAGAGGAAGUGGAAAGGAAGAAGUGCCACAAAGGGGCUCUUCUUGGCAAUGACUUUGCUGAAGAAGAGAAGAGAAAGAGGAAAUGCCAGAAACAGGACCCUUCAAAUCCUGCCCAGCCCCUGGACAAUGUUGACCAAACUGGUUCCAAAGCUUGGAAUUCUAGUGCUGCAAAUGACUUCACCAAGCCAAGCCCUGAGACCCCUUGCUCUAAUCCUCCGCAUACCUUGAGUCGCAAGCAGUGGCGGAACCGGCAGAAGAACAAGCGUAGACAGAAGAACAAGUUUCGGCUUCCUCAGCCACCAGAGCAGGCCUCAGUCACAGCCGCCGCAGAGGAGACAGAGGUGCCUCCUGCCCGCAGUCCAGACAGCCAUGGAGCCCGGGCGGAGGCUCUGCGAGCCCGCAUGGCCCAGCGGCUGGAUGGUGCCCGGUUCCGCUACCUCAAUGAACAGCUGUACUCAGGGCCCAGCAGUGCUGCACAGCGCCUCUUCCAGGAAGACCCUGAGGCCUUUCUCCUCUACCACCGUGGCUUCCAGAGCCAAGUUAAGAAGUGGCCACUGCAGCCAGUGGACCGCAUUGCCAGGGAUCUUCACCAGCGGCCUGCGUCCCUGGUGGUGGCUGACUUUGGCUGUGGGGACUGCCGCCUGGCUUCAAGUAUCCGGAACCCUGUGCACUGCUUCGACUUGGCCUCUCUGGACCCCCGGGUCACUGUGUGUGACAUGGCCCAGGUGCCUCUGGAGGAUGAAUCUGUAGAUGUGGCUGUGUUCUGCCUUUCACUGAUGGGAACCAACAUCAGAGACUUCCUAGAGGAGGCAAAUCGAGUGCUGAAGCCAGGGGGUCUCCUGAAAGUGGCUGAGGUCAGCAGCCGCUUUGAAGAUGUUCGGACCUUUCUGGGGGCUGUCACCAAACUGGGCUUCAAGGUCAUCUCCAAGGACCUGACCAACAGCCACUUCUUCUUGUUUGACUUUCAAAAGACUGGGCCUCCUCGGGUCGGGCCCAAGGCUCAACUCUCAGGCCUGAAGCUCCAGCCUUGUCUCUACAAGCGCAGGUGACCUCUGGACCCCCCUUGAAAGGGGAGGCAAGUCUUGAACUCCAGGCUCAGUACUCUGAAGACUGUAUCCAGCCAGGCUGUGACCCGGGGCCUGGUACCACCCUUACUCCAUCCCAAGAACAAAAUGUAAUGAAACCCCUGGCUCAGCCCUGCUCUAAUGAAGGCUUCUUGGUUCCAGGAAGCAUAAAGUCAUUUGGGCUAGCUAAAGAAUAAGGAGUUUAUUGUGAGAAUGCAGGAGUAUCUGGGAAUUAUGGAUCCCCUCAGUGUCAUGGAAAUGACAUGGUUUGGAAUUCAAGGCAUCUCUGGGUUUGGCUCCUCUUUCCAUCUCUCAGGAGCCACAUGGGCUUUCUGUCCUAGCAUCUCCACUCUCCUCUAUUCUGCUUUUCCUGUUUGAGCACCAGCUCCUUCUGCUUACCCAUAGCUUCUGCAGCUUUGGUCUGCCCAGGCCUUGAAGGCCUGGGGCAGGCAUUGCUUCUUGGCUCUGGGGCAGCUGGUAGCCCGCCAACAUCCUGGCUGAGCACAUCAGUCUGGGCUUCUAGGUCAGGAUGGUUUGAUUGUCCCUGUACUGAGUGCUUCUUGCCCCUGAUCCUCAUCUCCAUCUUGGGAGCUGUAUGGCCCAAACUACUCCUAGUAUCUAUUGUCCUGUAGGGCCCUGGUGUGUGUCUGGCUGAGGGCACAGAUUUUGGAAUCAGGUAGGCCUGCCACUGAUUGCUGAGAGUCUUUUAAUCUUUGAAUGUCAUAUUACUCAUUUGGAAAAUGGUAGGAUUCCUGUCUCAUGGGAUUGUUGUGUGGUGUGGGUUAAUGAGGAAAUCUGUAGCUAGGGCUGGGUGCACAGGAGGUGCACAAUAAACUGUAGCUGUGGCUGUUGGCUGUUGUGUGUUGUAAGCGUUACUGUUUUCUAAAGACCUUCUCCAGGCAGGGUUAGGGGGUUGAAGAGUAAAGAAUGGAUUUGUUGACUGAGGAAGACUGGGAGAGCUCAAGAUAGGCCUUUCAACAGGCUUAUUUUAUAGGAUUUUUAGAGAUUCUUGACAGAUUGUGAGCUGUUCUUGGAGGGGGGGUGGUGCAGGAGCUGGGUCUCUUCAUAAAUCACAACUGAUUGAUGCUAUUUGGGGUGGAGAUUGGGCUGUUCAUUGGCAGAAGGGUCUGUCUGUUGCUUCUGCCUUGUAGUGGGCCCAAAUCAGCAUGUCCUAGGAAAGCUAUGGACAGGGAAGGCUAGUGCUGGGAGAAGAUGAACUGAGAUGAUAGGUCCUUGGCCUCUUCCAGAAGGCAUCUGCCAUGGGCCCAGGUAUAAAGAUACAGCCUGUUCUACCUGUUUCAAAGAACAAGAACUGAGAGUGACCACUGGGACACAGGUUCCGGGGCUCUGAGGCAGUUGGGUGCCUCCAGUAAGGUGGGUGUUUUGAGGCAGGCUGUGUAGGCCAGAGGGCAUGUUUGGAGGCUGGGCUAUGAACCAUCCAGCAGAUACUGCUCAGUACCUUUGCAUGUGCUUCUCUCUGCUGAAUACUCAUCUGAUUGGCAGAGUCUUACUCAUCCUUCCAAACAGCCUAGUUGUUUCCUACUCCGUUACUCCCAAAGCAGAACUAACCUCUUCAUCCGCACUCUCAAAGUGCUACGUGAAGAGUGCAGUUUCAGCACUUAAAUACUGUGUGGCAAUUGCUUUGUGCAUUAGGCUGCAGUCUUCUCAACUCAUAUUUAUCUUUGUAUUCCCGAGCUGGUCACUUGAGAUCCAUCUAAGGAGGUGAUAAGGAUGACAGGGUCCAGUUGAGUGGGACCGAUGAGGAGCAGGGGUGUUGCAGGAACCCAGGUUCGGGCACAUGAUGAGGGCACUGUGGACUAGUGACGGUGGAAUAGGCGGAGGCGGUUGGGAGAGCUUCAGUGAGUAGAACCGGUGGGACAUUGCGGCUUGGUGAGAGAAAGGAAUCUGAAGCAAGUCUUCGGCUUCUGGCUUGAGCAACUGGUUGGGCUGGUGAUGCCAUUCAAAAGGUUGGGUUUUUGGUACCUAGAUGUUCAUUUGGAAGUGGGACAGAAACUCAGCAGCCAGAGGAGGUAAUUCAAGUCAUAGGAAUAGAUAAGAUAUCCAAAGUAAGAUAAUGAGAAGAGAAAAUGGCUUGGAAUAGAACUCUCAGGAGCACUUAAUGGAUGAGUAAAGGAAAAUGAACCAAUAAAGGGGACAAGAAGAGAAGGUGGGGCCAGAGAUGGAGGAGUAAAACCAGGAGAAUGGAUUUCUUAAUGUGGAAGGAGUGGGGAGGUUGCUGGCUGUCAGAUGCUGUUGAAAGGUCUAUUAAGAUGAGAGAGAGGUCAGAUCGCAGCGGGGAGAGGAUUGCUGCAUAAUGUUGAGGGCCUGGGGUUUGAAUUUAUAGUGGUAUUAUUCAUGAAUUUAUAGUGAGCCCAAUCAGCCCAAUGCUGUGGUUAUCUCUACCUACUCAGGAAUCUAGGUGUAGCUGUGGGAAAAGUGAGUACUGAGGGAUCAUCCAGAGUUGGAAACUUGCAUUGCAAUUGACAUAAACGAGCAAAGGAAUUUCAGACCGUUCGUAAGUAAGUGAUUGCUAUGCUGGACCAUGGAAUUUGGUAGAACAGGUGAGUGGAGUAAAGACAGGAGUAGGUUGUUGCAUUGGGGGUAACUGAACAAGUAACCUGGAAGGAUGGGAGACUGUGGUCAGAAACUGGAAUGCCUAAAUAAUUCAUAUUGGAAGCAGAGCAGCUCCAGGCAAUGGCCAAGUUUAGAGUGUAGUUAUAGGGGUGAGUGCCUGAGAGGUGUGCAAGGGAGGUUGCCAGGAGAUUGGUUAAUGCAUGGAGGCCUCAGGUAUUGAGAGAGGUUCUGCGUGGACUUUGAAAUUCUCCAGUGUGAUGGUAGACAUAAGCAUGGAACAGGUGCCAACCUCUUGAAGAAGGGGGCAGAUCCAGGAGAUCUGCAAAGAGUAGGAGAGGCGGGAUAGCAUGAAUUUCAAAGGGACAGAGGGUUCACACAGCCUCCUAGAGAGACUUCCAUCUUGGAUCUUGGGGGUGAUGUGAGGCUGGUGAGUGGAGCUGGCUGCCAGGCAGCCAAGACAAAAUACCCUGACAGUCCCCUCCAGCUUGUCGGGAUUCACUGGGGAUUGUUGGAGAGACAACUGUUGCGGCAGCUCCAUGGGACAGGAAUCACCUGGGAGAACAGGGAGGCAAGCCAUAAAGUCUAAGGGAUGUUUUGGAGUAACAGGGCAUCUGUCUCACUGUAGGACACACAUCACCUUUUUAUAGUUCCACAUCUCUGUUUCCCAAGUGUUAUUUAUAUUCCUAGAUCUUGAUUAAUUUUCCCUGCUUUAUUAUUAUGCUCAGCAGGACAGCUGGGGUCUGCCUUCCUCCCUCUUUUGCUUUCCUCCCUUACUUAAAAUUUGGAUUCUUUCUUUGCCUGUUCUGGCUCCAGCCACCUAUAUAAACAUCUUUCUGGGUCUGACUCAGGCCCCCGGCUCCCCCUAACUCAGCCAAGCCUCUUAUCUGCAUUUCUAUCAAUUCUGAAAGCAGGACUUUCCUGCGUCUGGGUCCUCCCUGCUCCAUCAUCAGCUUCAGGACAAGCUGUUCUUCAAGUCCACGCCUGGGCUUCAGUGUCUAAUGUUGAGAGCCUAGGCUGAAGAGAGAACAAUAUAUAUUUCUUUAAGAAAUAACAGCAUGCCAGCUGUUUAAGGAACAAUGAGAUCAGUUUAAGGAACAAUUGGAGAACAGAAUGAAGGAGUGCAGUCAUAUAGUAAGAGGUAAACAGGAGUGGGAAAGAGUGUAAUUGGAGAUUCCACUGGGAGCAUUUGGGAAGCUUGAGGUAUUUAUUCCUAAAGCCAAGAAAUGGUGAACCUGGAAUCUGACUCCUGCCCUGGAAAUGCGGAGGGCAAACAGGGAUUCAUUAACUGUUUCAGGGGUGGAGCCAGGGGAGUGCUGCUGCUUUGGCAUUGGCCUGUGUUCCCAGAAUUUGCUGUGGUAAGCCACGCAUGAGUGUAUCCUUUGCACCUUGCAGGAGAGGGAAGCGUCAGCUGGUCUUGAGUCCUGUCCAGUAGGACCAUUUGAAGAGGCAAGGAGACCUCAGCACAGAGAAGCUAGGAGUGUGCCAUGUGGGCGGAGGAGGGAGGCUCAGGAGACCACCCAGAGUAAAGCUGCCUCCCCCAAGGUAAAGGGGGCUGCAGAAAAGGGACAGCAUGAUGCUCCCUUUAAAUGUGUAGCAGGCUCAUGGGGCACAGAAACAUCCAGUCAAGCAAGAACUGUUUUAUCCCCUUCCUUCUCUGCAGUUGGGCCCAGAGCAGUCAGCAGCUCUUAGGUGGAGAGGAGGUGAGAAGAGCAGAGAGCAUCCAGAUCAUUCCUCCCUUCCCCAGUGCAGGCUCCUUGACUUAAGUGGGACAGAGCUGGGAGGCGAAAAUAGUUAAAGCUACGAUAGGUGCAGAUUAUUUAUUGUAAUCUGCAUUAGACAGAUCUGGAUUAGACAUUGCAAUCUUUUUUUUUUUAAAUUAAUUUGUUUAUUUAUUUUUGGCUGUGUUGGGUCUUCGUUUCUGUGCGAGGGCUUUCUCUAGUUGUGGCAAGCGGGGGCCACUCUUCAUCGCGGUGCGCAGGCCUCUCACUCUCGCGGCCUCUCUUGUUGCGGAGCACAGGCUCCAGACGCACAGGCUCAGUAGCUGUGGCUCACGGGCCUAGCUGCUCCGCGGCAUGUGGGAUCUUCCCAGACCAGGGCUCGAACCCGUGUCCCCUGCAUUAGCAGGCAGAUUCUCAACCACUGCGCCACCAGGGAAGCCCCAUUGCAAUCAUUUGAGAUUGGUUUUGCAUCUUAAACUGAUUCUAAGACAUCUAUGAACUAAGAAUGAGCUGAAAAGUCACAGGCUUGCUGCAGCUUUUCUCUAAAUGAAAAAGGGUUGGAGGGUGGUGAGAGACAAGAAUAAAGUUGGGUUUGGAUAGCAGUCUGUGCUCAUGCUUCCUCAGCAUCCCUUUUAGAGGCGUAUUGCCCCUGCAGUCAUUGUGGUGCUCCAGCUUUUGUUCCUGUUAACACUGUUCUAAGGGAGCACAGUUCCCAAAGAAGCAACGCGGUCUUGGCAGAGACACAGCUUGGCUCCAGUCACUCAACCACUUAUGUAAUUGCACGAAGCCCUUUACAGAUUCUCACAGAGACCUCUAAUUACGUCGUCCUCCACCCCUGUUUUUUUUGUUUUUUUGCUUUUUUUAAACAUUAGCUUUUUUUUUUUUUUUAAACUUUGGGUUUAUUUAUUUAUUUAUGGCUGUGUUGGGUGUUCGUUUCUGUGCGAGGGCUUUCUCCAGUUGCGGCAAGUGCGGGCUACUCUUCAUCGCGGUGCGCGGGCCUCUCACUAUCGCGGCCUCUCUUGUUGUGGAGCACAGGCUCCAGACGCGCAGGCUCAGCAACUGUGGCUCACGGGCCUAGCUGCUCCACGGCAUGUGGGAUCUUCCCAGACCAGGGCUCGAACCCGUGUCCCCUGCACUGGCAGGCAGAUUCUCAACCACUGUGCCACCAGGGAAGCCCCUCCAUCCCUGUUGACUUCUCAGGCUGGCCACCUGGUUCUAGGACAUUCGACUACUGCAGUAACCACCUUACUGGUCCAGUUGCUUCCACUCCUGUCCCCAGAGCAAUUCAUUUUCCACUCAGCCAAGUGAGCUUUUUAAAAUGUAAGUCAGAUAUGUCACUUCUCUGCUGAAAAUCCUUCAAUGGAUUCACAGUACUCUGAGAACAAAAGGCAAACUCCUUCCCAGGCCCUAUGUGAUCUUGCCCAGACCUCUCCAACUGCACCUUAACCCACUGCUUCCACACAAAACUGCAGCCACACAGGCUUUCUUUCCAUUCCUCAAGUGUUCCAAGCCAUUUCUACUUCUGGGUUGUUAUAUUUGCCACUCCAUCUUCUCAGGAUACUUUUCCCUGCUGAGUUCAUUGUCAUCUUCCAGAUCUUCACACCAGCAUCACCAUUUCUUCGGUGGAAAAAACAGGCUAGAUGCUCACCAAAAUGUCCUUUUCCUGGACACACAGUUAAAUUACAUUUCCCAGCUCCUUGCAUCAGGGUGGGGCUGUGUGCAUAGUCCUCCCCAGUGGAAAGUGAGUAGAAGUGAUGUUUCAGUACCAGACCAAGACAGUUAAAGAGUGGACGAGCCUUCUCCAUAUGCUCCACCCCCUCCUCUGCCUUCCAGGGUGACCUUGAAGCAUGUGUUCUGAAGAUGGAGUCAGAGCAUAGAAGGAGUCUGGAUAUUUAAGUCCCUGCUUAGAGGAGAAUUGCUUGACCAAGAAUAUCCACAUUUCUUUGUACAAGGAGUAACCUCUGUUGCGUUAAUGUUUAGCAUGAUAUGCUCUGGCUAAUAUAUCUUCUCUAGCCAUACUGUCCACCUUAUCUUGAUCACAAAACCCUUUUUGUUUCCUUCAGGGUGCUUCAGACAUUUAAUUAGCUUACCAGAUGCCAGUCAACACUUCCCCCAGUCCUAUGAAUUGGACUCCUAACUGGGGAAAAAAAAUGCUCACAUGAGGAAGUUGAGGUACUGAUUUUAUCCGUUUAUCAGUUACAUUUUGAUUGUGACCAAAAAAAUAAAGGAAAUCCCCCUAAAGAAUAUCUUAAACAAAUUAGAUUUUUCUUCUUGUAAAACUAGAAACCUGAUGGUUGAUGGUUGUUGGCAUUGGUUCAAGAAUUCAAGGAUGUUAGCAGUUAGGUCUGUGUGAUUCUCUUGAUCCUCAUGGUCACAAGAUGAUGUGUUUUGAUUAAGCAGAGACACCCUACUUACCGUUACCCUUCUCAGGAGUCUCACAGGUAGCCACAGCCCCUAUCUUUUUGGCCUUACUUCAAGGGUCCUACAUUGUUAGUACUCUGGUGUAAAUAUGUUCCAUUAUUCCCUAUAACAUGGCUGAGACCAAUGUGAAAUAUUACUAUUUUAAAUAUAUUUGUCUCCCCCGCCCCUUCCCACAUCUCAGUGGCCUGUCAGCAAUUCAUCCAAUUCAAAGCUGUUCUCCCUCCAGCUUAGUGGGGUGGGGAAACCUUUAUGGUCUGUUUCUUUCACUCAUUCUUUACCUCCUCUGCCACUUCUAGGAUUGGGAUGGGGGAAGGCAUAUUAGAGGCAAAAAGGCUAAACUUUGAUUUAGUUUAGCUUCAUCAGGGUGUUCUACCAAGACAGGCAUUUAAAUGUUGGCUCAGUGUGUGAGGUAUUGGGGUUCUUUGGAGUCCCGCCAUGGGGACUUGCGUGCUAACUGGUUUUGGUUCCCUCCUUAUGAUACUCAGCCCACACUCCCCCUCGGCUCCUCAGCUCCUGACGCUGACAGUGUAUGCACAGCGUCCCAGUGCUAAAGUCCCUCACCCUGGUGGGCAGCCCUCCUGGGAGAGGUCCCAACAAAUACCUUAAGAGUGGUUACCUUUCCGGGAGCUCCCAGGAAACUCAUGCAUGUUGGUCCUGCCAAACAGCAGAAAUGCAGCCCAGCCAGCAGCUGACUCCCCUCCCCUUGCCCUGUCCCAGCUAGCCUGACUCUGAGCUCUCCAUAUCUCUCUCUCUGGCUCCAAACCCUCACAAGUGAUUCAGGUUACUUUCUCCCAAGAAGCCUCUGCCCCAGGCUCCACCCCAGUGGCCAUAUGGAGCUGGGUCUAUAAGUUUCUGAGUAUAGCAAGCGUCUUGCUAGAGAAUGUAGUGCUGAAUGAAUAUAAGGUCUCUCCCUCUCAUGGGAACAUGAAAUGACAAUAAGUGGUUCUGUUGGAGCCCUCCUCGCUUGAUUUAGGAUGGAGGGAACAGCACUGCUUCUUUACCUUUCAGGGAGAAGUUCUCUCUAUUUCUAAAAAUUCCCAUCAAUGAAGCUUGCAUUUCUAACUUCAUGUACAGUAGGAAGGUUGGUGGGCCCUGGAUCACCUUUAUUACCUUAGAGUAAAUUCUAUGUAGGUAUAUCUAGCACCCUUAUUUAAUAUCUUCUUACUUGUGCAAGUAUUCUUGUAAAAUGUGAAUUGUUCUCGUGCAUGUGCUUUAUUUAUAGAGUAUUGUCAACAAAUCUUGUCUUCUUUUUUUCCAUCACUCAACUGUGUUUUUAAUAUCCAUCUAUGUUAUCAAUCAGGGCCCACUCAGGAAAAUAGAAACCAUACUAAGUGUUUCAAAUAGAGGGCAUUUAAUGCAGAGAGUUGACUACAAGUGAUAGAGGCUGAGACAAAAGAAGAUGCUUGACGUAAUUAAAAAUUAAGAACUGGAGA